UUUCUGGAGCGGAUUGGAACCCGGAGUCAGGAUUCAAUAAAUGAAGUGUCUUUUGCAGAAAGGGUUUACAGAAUGGCAGCUCAGACUCCAGAGGAGUGCAUCUGGUGUGAAGACUGUGGGCAGUACCAUGAUUCCGAGUGCCCCGAAUUAGGACCCCUAGUGACCGUUCAGGACUCAUUUGUUCUCAGUCGGGCCCGUUCAUCGAUUCCGAAUAGCCUGGAGAUCAGACCUUUGGCAGAAGGCGGCGAGGGAGUCUUCGUCCAGCGACGGCUGGUCAAACGAACUCGUUUUGGGCCUUUCGAGGCGAAGCGGGUCUCCGUUUUGGACAACGAAGGCGUGUUUCCCUUGAAAGUCUUCCAGAAGGAUGGAAUCGUGGUGUGCUUUGACUGCAGUAGUGAAGAUGACUGUAACUGGAUGAUGCUUGUUCGACCCGCCACAGAUCACCAACACCAGAAUCUGACAGCUUACCAGCAAGACGAUGACGUGUUCUUCAACACAUCCCAGGACGUGCUGCCAGGAGCAGAGUUGAGGGUCUGGUAUGGAGCUUUCUAUGCUAAAAAGAUGGAGAAGCCCAUGCUCAAGCUUCCAGUUCAACCAUUGCCACCUCAAGAGACUUACGUGAAAACCAGCUCCUCUCCCCCCCCUGUAACAAACUACAAAAAUGCAGGUGCUGUCAGUAAGUUGAUGGCCACUCCAGAUCUCCCAGAAGACCCCCUAACAGAACAGGAGGAAAGCACAGUGGGGCCUAGUGAGGAGAUUCACUCCCCCGCUGGCCGGCCUCCUGUGAAGAGGGGGCUAACUCGUGGAAGGAGAGCGAAAGGUCGCAGGCCUCACCCUGUCACCGCCGCCGCAAGCAGAAGCAAAGAUGUGAAGCCCCCCGUGGUGAGCACGCAGUCGCUUACUUCCGAGUCAGCAGUUCCUACAGAGAGAAACCGUCAUCUCGGGGCUGCGGACGUCGGGAUUGCGCACAAGAGACACAAAAUCCGAGAGCACAAGAGGGUGUACCGCUGCUCCCUGUGCACCAAGGUCUUUCAGAACAGCAGUAACCUGAACCGACAUAUCCGAUCACACGGUGAUAAACUGUUUAAGUGUGACGACUGUGAUAAGUUGUUCAGUCGAAAGGAGAGUCUGAAGCAGCACAUCUCCUACAAACACAGUAAAAAUGUGCCCGACCUGGAAUAUAAAUAUAAAUGCAUGACUUGUGACAAAUCCUUCCGCCUGCAAAAUGCCUUAAAUUUCCACAACUGCAGGACAGACGACAAGACAUUCCAGUGCGAUAUCUGCUCCCGCUUCUUCUCCACAAACAGCAACCUGUCCAAGCACAAGAAGAAACACGGAGAGAAGCUCUACUCCUGUGAAAUCUGUAACAAGAUGUUCUAUCGCAAAGACGUCAUGCAGGAGCACCACAGGAGGCACAGCGUUGGGCAAAAGCACAUGAAGCGAGAGGAGUUGGAGACCAAUGGAGAAGAAGCGUGCAAGUACAGAAAAGAACCAUCACCGUGUCCCAUCUGUGGAAAGGUGUUCUCCUGCCGAAGUAACAUGAACAAACAUCUGCUGACUCACGGCGAUAAAAAGUACACCUGCGAGAUCUGCGGCCGCAAGUUCUUCCGAGUGGACGUGCUUCGCGAUCACAUUCACGUUCACUUCAAGGAUAUAGCCGUAAUGGAUGAGCAGAAGAGGGAGGACUUCAUUAAAAAGAUCGGCAUUCCAACAGCCGAUAGUGACGAAAGGGAUGAAGAUGAAGAAGAUGAAGAUGACCCAGAGCACCACAAGUAUCACUGCAAGAAAUGUCAGAUGUCGUUCGCCAAGGGUCGAGAAUAUCUGAAACACAUCACGGAGCAGCACAAAGAGCGAGGUUUCGGCUGUGCCAUCUGCAACCGUCGUUUUGCACUCAAGGCCACGUACAACGCCCACCUGGUCAUCCACAGGGAGCAACUCCCUGACCCCGCUGUGCAGAAGUAUAUCCAUCCCUGUGAAAUAUGUGGCCGAAUCUUCAACAGUAUCGGUAACCUGGAAAGACACAAGAUCAUCCACACUGGGGUGAAGAGCCACGGCUGUGACAAAUGCGGCAAAUCUUUUGCAAGGAAGGACAUGCUGAAGGAGCACCUGAGGGUCCACGACGACAUCCGAGACUUCCUGUGCGCAGAGUGUGGCAAAGGCAUGAAGACCAAGCAUGCCCUCAGGCAUCACAUGAAGUUACACAAGGGUAUCAAAGAGUAUGAAUGUAAGGAGUGUAACCGCAAGUUUGCCCAGAAAGUCAACAUGCUCAAACAUUUUAAGAGACACACAGGUACAAAGGAUUUCAUGUGUGAGUUGUGUGGGAAGACAUUCAGUGAAAGAACAACUCUGGAGACACAUAAACUCAUUCAUACCGUGGGAAAGACCUGGACUUGCGCCACCUGCGAUAAGAAGUAUCUAACCGAGUACAUGCUGCAGAAGCACGUGCACCUGACUCACGAGAAAGUGGAAGCCCAGUCGUGUAAUCUCUGCGGCACUAAGGUUUCCACGCGGGCCUCGAUGAACCGACACCUCCGACGCAAACACCCAGAGGUUGUCCCCGUGAGAAUUGAUGACUUUGAUGAAUUUCAGGAAUCAUCCACAUUCAACGAUUCGUCUAUCAGCAUCGCGCAGCCAAGCCUGACGCUAGUAAAAGACAGCCUGUCUCAGGAAAGACCCAGCCGACCUACUCGCCAGGCCAAGAAAAAGCUCAGAGUCGCGCCCGAGCCAGAACUUUCCGGAUCAGAUGAUUACGUUGAUUUCACUGAGCCCAAACAUCUGCCAGAAUUCAACACUGUAAUCAUUGGUGAGGAGACAGAAACGAGCUCUGCGGUGCAGAGUAUCCAGCAGGUGGUUGUUCUCACUGACCCCAACGCUCCAUCCGGCUCCUCUCCUAACAACUCCGUGGGGCUGAGCAACAUGGCGGUCGCGCCCAGCCCCACCCCAGCUCAGUUCACAAGCCUGCAACCCGUAGCCGUCGGGCACCUGACAGCCGGCGACCGGCCACUAUCGCUGGACAACUCCAUCCUCACGGUGACCUUCGACACGGUCAGCGGCUCGGCCAUGCUGCACAACAGGCCCGCCGAGCUGGGCCCAGAAACCGUCGGUCCAGCGGGAGGACAGUCAGCCCAGUCGGUUUCACACUUCAUCAACCUCGCCACUCUUGUCAACCCCAUGAGUCACCAGCUUGAAGCCCAGACUCUGGCCUGGAGGCCAGUACCCACGGCUGAGGGCGGUCAGGUCACUCCUGUGGUUGAAGGCACACAGGGGGACGUUCACGGGGUCCAGAGUCAGGUCCCCGAGGGAGGCCACCCCGGCCAGAGUCAGCCACCCACGUCACAGCAGCAAAGCGGCGCCACACAGCAGAUGUUCAGCUACUAAUGAGGUGCUGGUCACCUAAACCUGUUGCUUGUCCAAACACUUUUAUGAAAUUUCAUUUGAUUUUAUGAAAUGUAAAUAGAUUUGAUCAUUGUCACCCAGAGGCCUCUCCAGUGUCAUUCAAGUGAUUGAAUCAAACUGUUAGAAUAAUCAAUUCAAACUUUUUUUUUUUUUUUUUUUUUUUAUAAAAGAACUAUUUUUUUUUUUAUCCUUACUUAAAUGCUACGCUAUCCUUAUAAAUGUACAGUACAUGUUAUCAAGAUGGAAGCGCUUGGACAGUUUUUAUUCAUUUGUAUGCUUGUUUUAAUCAUGUGAUAGUGGCUCAGUUCUGCAUUUUUAUCAAACGAUGUCUUUUUUUUAACAUUAAUCUGUGUAUAUUUGUCUCAAUUUGCCUGUGAAAAAAAGAGGAUGUAAAACCUUAUUUUGACUAAAAAUAUUUCUGUUUUAUUAAGAACGUCUUUCCUUAUGCAGAUGGUCAAAUGUGUUUGACCAAAUCAAUGACUGAAUUAUGACUGCGAUGGCGUAAAUUAAAUUGAUUGAUUAAAUUGAUUGAAUUAA